GGUCAAAACCAGUGGUCGAUUUCUUAUCGUUAACUACACCUUCUUCCUCCUCUCCUUUACACAGCAACGUUUCAUCGAAUCUGAUCAGCCGAAUAAAAAUGGCGUCCCUUUCAUGUCCGUCUUCGUUGUCUCUCAUCUCCUCCUCCCAUCGUCUUCACUCUUCUCCGAAGCUCUUCUUCUCUCUUCCUUGUUACCGUCCGAGGAGACCCAAUUUCCCAAAUUUCUCCGUACGAUGCUCCGUCUCCAUCGAGAAGGAGGUUCCCGAGACCGAGCGUCCCUUCACCUUCCUCAGAGACUCUGACGACGCUUCUCAAUCGUCUUCCUCUUCUUCUUCCGUUAGGGCCCGUUUCGAGACUAUGAUUAGGGCUGCUCAGGAUAGUGUAUGCGACGCCAUUGAAGCCGUCGAAGGUGGUCCUAAGUUCAAAGAGGAUGUCUGGUCCCGACCCGGCGGAGGCGGCGGAAUCAGCCGUGUCUUGCAGGACGGCAAUGUCUGGGAGAAGGCCGGAGUUAAUGUCUCUGUGGUUUAUGGUGUUAUGCCUCCCGAAGCUUACAGAGCCGCCAAAGCCGCCCCUUCCGACCAGAAACCCGGUCCUAUUCCCUUCUUCGCCGCCGGCAUCAGCUCGGUCUUGCAUCCCAAGAACCCUUUUGCCCCGACUCUGCAUUUCAAUUACCGCUAUUUCGAGACUGAUGCUCCCAAGGAUGUUCCUGGAGCUCCGAGGCAAUGGUGGUUUGGCGGUGGGACUGAUUUCACGCCUUCUUACAUCUUCGAGGAGGAUGUCAAGCACUUCCACUCGAUCCAAAAACAAGCCUGCGACAAAUUCGAUCCUUCCUUCUACCCCCGGUUUAAGAAAUGGUGUGAUGACUACUUUUAUAUCAAGCACCGUAACGAGAGACGGGGGCUUGGAGGGAUAUUUUUUGAUGAUCUCAAUGACUACGAUCAAGAGAUGCUUCUGGCGUUUGCCACUGAAUGUGCAAAUUCAGUCAUACCAGCUUAUAUACCCAUAGUAGAGAAAAGGAAAGACACACCUUUUACAGAGCAGCACAAGGCAUGGCAGCAGCUCCGAAGGGGAAGAUACGUUGAAUUCAACUUGGUAUAUGAUCGUGGAACGACAUUUGGCCUGAAGACUGGAGGGAGAAUCGAGAGCAUUCUCGUCUCUCUUCCUCUGACAGCAAGAUGGGAAUAUGACCAUAAACCGGAAGAGGGGACAGAGGAGUGGAAGCUGUUGGAUGCUUGUAUCAACCCGAAGGAGUGGAUCUAGGUCGUGUCUCUUGCGAUCAACUGUACCUCGUACCGUGUUCGGUUUUUUCAUCGUCGGUCCUGAGCGUUUUUUUAGAGUAGUCUUACUGAAGAGAGUCUGUGUAAUGAAGGUGAUGCCCUUGCACGUAAAAUGCCGUCUGAUGUUUCUUAUAAUAAUAAGAUUCAUUUUAUUUGUC